GUUCUUAAUAUCAGUUUGUUUAUAAGUGUAAUAACAUAACGUUCUUGAGUAUGCAAUUAGUUAAUGUGUGUAGUGUGUUGAAUAUCACGUAUAUCUGAAAAACACAUAGUUUUAAAAACAGGGAUGUGGCCUUGAAGAUCACAAGAUUAUUAUAAACGUGUCUCUGGGAUUAUAUCUUGGAGUACCGACAUGAAUUAUUUAACACCAAGAGAUGCCAACCAUGGUCAUGGAACCCGAUCACCGGGAGGAUCUGUAUCAGGCCUCUCUAGAUCAUCUUCAAUAUUCCCACAAACAGCAUCUCCUAAACAUCGGGGUUCAUUGUUUCCAAGUUCUGUGACUGGAAGGAAGGAUUCAUUUGAGGACGAUUUUGAUACCCAUAGAAUGACUCUAGAAGCAGGAAUGACUCCACGGUUUUCGGUAAGCCGUGGUGGUGAAAUCACUAUGGUAUCUGGUAGAAAGUCUAGAUCAAGAGAACCUAUCAUAUCGCCAGCAUGGAAAGCGCUUAUGAAAUGUAUGUUUCCUAUAAUUACCGGUACACAGAUGUCAAUCAAAGAGGCUGAUGUCACUGAAAUAACAGGUAAAAGAAAGAAGAGUUUCUCAAAUCCUGAAACAAUAGAAAAUUUUCAAAGAGAGAAACAUGUACGUCUUGAAGAAGAGAUCAAGCUUAAGCAUUUGGAGCAACUCAUGGAAGAAUUUGACGUCCAUGACCCUGAGGAUAUUUGGGUACCAGCAGAAUCGGGAUAUUUUCCCCCAAAACUUGUGAAAAGAAUUCCAGGGUGUAUGAAUGUAACAGAAUUUCAGGAAACUAUUGCUAAGGUUCUGGGAACAAAUGAAUAUGAUGAUUAUUUAGGAAAACUUUUCACCAAGUUAGAUACAUCAUGUGAUGGUUAUGUAGAUUGGAAUGAGUUUUGUACCUAUAUGCUAUUAUUAUACAGAGAAAAUGAUUAUCUACGCAGUAAGAAAGAAAUACCAUUUUUACAAGAACCCAAGAUAAGACAUAUUGUACAGAAUAGGCAAGAACAAACAACAAAGAUGAUAGCUAUAGAUAAUCCUACCAAGUUCGUUACUAUAAGCAGGGAAGGUAUAAUGUCAGUAUGGAAUCCUAACAUGCAGUUUGAGAGAUCUUAUAAUGUAUCUGAGGAUGAUGAUGAGAGUCAGAAAAGACGUUUUAAAAUGUGGGUUACUGAUGCUGUUUACAUGCAGAAUUGUCAUAAACUAGCAAUAUGUUCUACUAGUAGAGAUAUACGUUUCUAUGAUGUCUCAGCAACAUCUUUCUUUGAAGAAUUUCAUUUAUUUGCAAUGACAGAUGUACCAUAUUGUUUAGAUUAUUGGUAUGAUGUAAAGAAUCCUGGUGCUGAAUCUUUGUUGAUAUUUGGAUUAGAUUCCGGUGAUAUUUCUCUUUUACAUUUUAAACGACCUUUAACCCAGUUAUUUGAGACACCCUUUCUCAGUGAAGGUGGUGCACAGAAAAUAUUUGUAAAGGAUUUACCACAACAUUCUAAGUGGGUGACACAUAAAGUUUUACAGAAGAUACACCCAGAGUUAAUACGUCAAGUACGUUAUAUACCAGAUAGUGAUGCUAUCAUAUCAUCUAGUGGUUGUUCUAGAUCAGCUGUAGUUAUAGCUGAUGUUUGUGGUUUGAAGAAAAACUAUGUCUUUAGAAUAGAAAAGGGUGUUGAAUGUUUCGACCACAAUAGGAAUUUGAAUAUCUUAGUAACAGGUAGCAUUGAUCAUUAUAUACGAGUAUGGAAUCCUUAUGUUACUAGUAAACCUACAGCCAUACUGACUGGUCAUUCUACAGGUGUUAUAGGAAUCACAAUACAUGAAGAAUUCGCUCAAGUCUUUAGUUAUUCAAAAGAUGCAGUAGGUUUAUUUUUAAUACCAUAA